GGGAAUUGUGACAUGGGUGGCGAUAAUUGACUGAAUCCCUGUUUUAUCGAUCAACACAAGAAUCGAUUAACGAAGAAGAAAACGCGACGAUCCGGCAUUUUACUUUUCUUCUCAAGUUAAAGUAAUUGAAUAACACGUAGGUAAUCAGGAUGGGUGUUCAGGUCAUCUCAAUGUCCAAUGGAGACCAAUCUACCUUCCCAAAAACCGGUCAAGUAGCCGUAGUACAUUACACCGGCACACUAGACAAUGGAACUGUGUUUGAUUCCUCCCGUACCCGCGGGAAACCUUUCCGCUUCACUGUAGGACGUGGUGAGGUCAUUCGCGGUUGGGAUGAAGGUGUCGCUCAGAUGUCAGUUGGACAACGUGCCAAGCUUGUCUGUUCACCUGAUUAUGCGUACGGUAGCCGCGGUCAUCCGGGAGUGAUUCCACCGAAUGCCACCCUUACCUUCGAUGUUGAACUGUUGAAGGUAGAAUAAGAUAAUCAACAAAAUUAUUUACAAGACAUUACAGCAGGCAACAGAAUCAAACAUUUAACAACACACGAAAAUAAUGAAGCAAUCCCAGGAUCCGGGCCUGUUGAAUUAACUUUAACCUUCUGUUUUUUUUUUGCGCGGGGGAAUCGGUACAUCGGUAGAACGAGAAAGGUCACAUUUAUUCGUAGGUUUGUAAUCGAAUCCCGUGUGCUAAAAUCCUACAUUGAAAUAGGAAGAACAAGUCAGUAAACAAUGCAUUUAUACUAUUUCCUGUUUAGAAAAUUUAUUAGAAGGCAAAUUGAGCUCUUGAAAAUUGUAGCGUUGGGGGCAAUUGGCUUCCGAACAAUGUUUUUAUUUGUACAACUUCUUGGGACGUAGCGAUAAGUAGUUUCUUGCUCUGGCAGCAGUUUCCAAUAUUAUCCAGUGCAUCUUCCGUUUUGCUAUUCCAGAAACAUAUAACUCAAGUUUCAAAAUUGUCACACCGAACCAGUUUACAAGAAUAAUGUACCAUUUGACGUACUAACAAAAUAUACGCAUAUGUACUCUCUA